GUUUGGGGAGAAGAAAAUCCGGGAAAAGGAGAAAGAUACUGGGAUGAAGUGUUCCGGUUGAAGGUUGAGGACUUGAAGGACUUUGAUGACUAUGGACUCCUUCUCUGUAUGGGCCGAGUACCGAAGAGUCAGAUUCGGGUCCUUUCAACCAUCCCGCAAGAGCGAGGGCCGCUCUCUGCUCGCGAGGGAUGAGAUGGAUUUUAGAAGAUGGCUUGCUCGGUCCUCAAGAGGGGAGAUCGUUUUAUUGGCCAGGAAGAGUUUUUUGUCGUCCAGUGACUUUUUUGUCUUAGAAUCUUCUCCGUUACCUCCGCAGAAUAUCACCCUUUGUGGUCCAGAGAUACAGAACUUACGACUUAAGACUUUUGGUAGAUUGAAAGAAUGA